CCUACCAUUUUGUGCACGGCAUUUUGUUGUCGUGUGGUUGCAAAAUAAAUCGUCAAAAUUGUUACGUGUGACAAAUAAUGCAAAGUAAAGGACGGUUCUGCGAAUCAGCGAAGGGUCUGAAUUAGUCUACGUCGUUGUUGAAAGCUACAUACAACAAAGAUUUGUGUUAAUAUUCAAAGAGAACAAAGUAGCCGGGGUCCGAGCUUGCUCCAAGAAACAUGCUCAUCGAAAAUGUUGACGCUUUGAAAGCAUGGCUCACAAAAACACUGACACCCAUUUGUGAUGCAGAUCCAGAAGCUCUUGCAAAAUACAUCGUUGCCUUGGUGAAGAAGGACAAGACUUUGGAAGAACUCAGGGAACUGUGCAAUGACCAGUUAGAGGUGUUUUUACAAAAAGAAACCAAAUCAUUUGUGGAGUCCUUAUUUGUGAGUUUGGAUAACAAGUCCUACCAGCAUGUGGACAGUGGAGUAGCAAAGGGGCAUCAGGCACAGCAGUCACAGCCACCAACUUCACAGCAUUCAGCUCCAGGAAAUACAGAGAAAAGAAGAAAGUCUGAUGAGCUCCCAGACAAAGAAGACCGUGACCACAGAAGGACAAGGAGCAGGAGUCCCAGGAGAGGAAAUGACAGUGUGCAAAAGAAGCCAUUCGUGUGUAAGACGUCAUCAGUUAAGCCGUAUGAACCUGAGCCCUACAAACCAACAGAGGGUCGGCCAGGUCAGCAGCCCUGGGGUGGAGGUCCUAGGGGACCCAAGCCCCAACAGUACCAGCCUCAGCAGAGAGUGCCAAAUCCUAACCUAGUCAGCGUACCCACAGUGGGAAGUAUGGAAGAUAAAGGGCUGCCAGGCCAACAACAACAUCACCCUCCCCAGCAACAGCAGCAGCAGCAGCAAUUACAGCAAUUACAACAUUCCCCCAACAGAAGAGUUGUGGCCAGCAAAAGGGGAUUGGAUGUCCCACCAUAUCAGGAACAGGUUCCCCCACAACAACCCAACCAAUACAGUAAUCCAGAGCAGCAGUUCCACAGGGGGCCACCAGCUAAGAGAGGACACUUUGAUUUCAACAGAUUAGGCCCUCGAAGAGGAGGAGGAAGAGGGGCUUACAAUACUAGUUCUGAAAAUGCAACAUUGGAAGUGAGAAAAAUACCCCGAGAACUCAACAAUAUUGCAAAAAUAAAUGAACACUUCAGCAAGUUUGGGACAAUAGUAAACUUACAAGUGUGUUAUGGUGGAGACCCAGAGGCUGCCCUGGUAUCAUUUGCCUCCCAUCAUCAGGCUAAUUCUGCCUACAGGAGCAGUGAACCUGUCUUCAACAAUAGGUUUGUCAAAGUGUUCUGGCACAACAAGGAACAGCAGCAGCAGCAAUCACAGCAAGGACCUGCACAACAGGGAGCUGAAGCCCAGCCACCCUCAGUAAAAGAUAGAUUAGGCUACCAUUCAGCUCAUAAAGUUGACAACACAGUUGACAACUCUGAGAAGGGUUUUGUUCACUCCACUACUGGUGGUUCCCUCACCAAGACAGUCUUCAACCCAGCAGCUGUAAAGGGAAACAAAAGCAAUUCUGCAGAAAAAGCAGCACAAAUAAUCAAGUCACAAGAAGCUUUAAAGAAAACAGAGGAAGCCAAAAAGGUAUGGAGUACAUAUUUUACUGAGAAGUCAGUUGUGGUCAGUGGUCAUACAGAACUGUAUUGGGUCACACAUUUAACAACCACUCAAAGAAUUUGA